GGGCCGAGCGGCCUCUGAGGGGCCGCCCCCGGCCGGAGGUCGGGACUGCCGGGCUGGGCCCGACUAGCCGCUGCGGUUCUUCCUGGCGUUAUUAGUCGGUAGCGCACCGCGAGGACGUAGGCGAUUUGGUAGCGACUUGGAACUUGAUUAUGGAGCCCCUCGUUAGCGUGAGCUCGGUCCUACCGGCGCUUGUGCUUUAGCCCUUCUCCCCGCAGGGCCAAGCCCAUCCCUCGGCAGUGCCUUCCCUUCGUGCCGCGGAGCGCGGCCCCGGCGGCGGGGCACGGAGCGUCUGCUGCCAUAUCCCCCGGGCGGGCCCCGCCUGGGCGCCCAGACCCCGCUGCCCUCGGCCCGGCGGCGGGCAGCCUGCGGCCGCCGCUCGACCCCCUCACCGCCUCCCAGCCGAGGUGGCUGCUCCCUGCCUUGAUUAUCGGGCCCUGGCAGUAGUUCUUGUGCUCCCACCCUAAAUCCGUACCGGCACUAGUCAGUGCCCAAACUGGUCUUGGGCUGUCAAUUAGACUUUUCCCCUGGAGAUUCAUCGAAGGUUUGUUUCAAGUCAGGAAUGAAGGAAGGCCUGCAGAGUGGACUGUGAACUGACUCUAUUACUCCUGUGGAACCUGUCCUAGGAUCCAGGGAGUGCUUCCUCGUAGUAUGACUCCAACUCGGGAGCUAUUUGCUGAGCUUACACACGUGCUGUGCGUUUUCCUUCCUUAGAGUUAGCUUAGCGUAUUGAGCCUAUAUGUUACAAGGAGGUACAGUACAUGUGUCUGGAUAAACGAGUUAAACUUGGAAUAGGAAGACUAGUUCUUACAGCGUUUUGUGAAGUUUGGAUGUACUUCCGAGAGUGACUUGUCCAAAUCAUCCAGAUUCCAUUUUAGUAGAGGAUUACAGAGCUGGUGAUAUGAUUUGUUCUGAGUGUGGGCUAGUAGUUGGUGACCGGGUCAUAGAUGUGGGGUCAGAGUGGAGAACCUUCAGCAAUGACAAAGCAACAAAAGACCCAUCUCGAGUCGGGGAUACCCAGAAUCCUUUGCUGAGCGACGGAGACUUGAGUACAAUGAUUGGCAAGGGCACAGGUGCAGCAAGCUUUGAUGAGUUUGGGAAUUCCAAGUACCAAAACCGCAGGACUAUGAGCAGCUCUGACCGUGCCAUGAUGAAUGCUUUCAAAGAAAUCACGAACAUGGCAGACAGGAUCAACCUCCCUAGAAAUAUAGUUGAUCGAACAAAUAAUUUAUUCAAGCAAGUGUAUGAACAGAAAAGCCUGAAGGGAAGGAGUAAUGAUGCUAUUGCUUCUGCUUGUCUCUACAUUGCCUGCAGGCAAGAGGGUGUUCCCAGAACGUUUAAAGAAAUAUGUGCAGUGUCCAGGAUUUCAAAGAAGGAAAUAGGCCGGUGUUUCAAACUCAUUCUGAAAGCUCUGGAAACCAGCGUUGAUCUCAUUACAACUGGAGACUUCAUGUCAAGAUUCUGUUCCAAUCUGGGUCUUCCCAAACAAGUGCAAAUGGCAGCAACACACAUUGCCCGUAAAGCUGUGGAGCUAGACUUGGUUCCUGGGAGAAGCCCUAUCUCUGUGGCAGCUGCAGCUAUUUACAUGGCAUCACAAGCUUCUGCAGAGAAAAGGACACAAAAAGAAAUCGGUGAUAUUGCUGGUGUGGCUGACGUUACCAUCAGACAGUCGUACAGGCUCAUCUACCCGCGAGCUCCAGAUCUCUUCCCAGCAGACUUCAAGUUUGACACCCCAGUAGACAAGCUACCCCAGCUGUGAAAUUGCUUUUAAUUUCUAUUAAAAAAAAGCCAACCCAACAACAACAAACUUGAUUUUUUUUGCCUAUAAUAAAAGGAUGUACAAAGUGUUAAUAUUGAGUCUUCAUGUUGUGGAACUGGAGGAGGAACGUUGACUGCUGGAAGGCAGCACACAUUCCAAGGGUAAACAAGCUCAUUGUGUGGCAUUUUGUAUGUAUAUAUUAGUGGAAGUAAAUAUUUAAUGACUGUUGCAACA